AACUAUUUAGAUAUAGUGCAGACUAUGACCCAAUGAUUAUAUAUAUCGUUUUUUUGUGAAUUGUUUUCUUUUGUUUUUGAAAGAGGCAUAAAAAAAAAAUCGUAAUUAAUAAUGUCAAAAUUAAUGUGUGUGUAAAGAGUUACAGAGUGAUGGAUGCAUGUUUAGCCGUUGAUCGAGAAGUUGAUAAAGUAUUGUCAAAAUUUGGGCAAAUUCGUCAACAUGUAGAUAAAGUUUUACAACAGCUCAUAGAAAACUUGGAGAGUGUAAGGAAUGAUUUGCUCUCUUGUAACACUGAUGAUGAAUUAAAAUCUAAUCAAUCAAAACUUGUACUUUUAAAAGGAUACAUUGAUAAAUCUAAAAAAGAAACACAAAAAUUAGCAACAGAACAUAGAGAAUUACAUAGUACUGUGUCAAAAGUAGGAAAAGCAAUUGAUCGAAACUUCAUAUCAGAUUUUGCUGCAACCAGCAGAGAAGAUGUUUUUUCCAGUCAAAAAAAGACUGAUUUAGUUAAUCAUAUCAUAAGUCAACAUUUUUAUAGGCAAGGAAUGUGGGAUAUUGCUGAUGAACUAUCAAAAGAAGCUGGUAUAAAAGUUGAAUGUGGACAAAGAGAACCAUUUGCUAAGUUAAAUCACAUAUUGGAGUCGCUUAAAAAAAAAGAUAUUAUUCCGGCAUUAGAAUGGGCUCAAGAAAAUCGUUCUCAACUAGAGAUGCAGAUGUAUCCUCCAUACCCCUUGGUUAGGAGGGUUUCGUCUACUUCUCAUUUGCCUAUUCGGAUCCCUUAUCAUGCAAAACGGACCAAGUUUAAUGGUGGCAUAAUGAAACCGAGACCGAAGACGAAAAAAGUCAAGAGAAUUGAAUUGGCCAGAAAAAUAUUACAACAGUUUUAUAAGAGUUCUUCACUUGAAUUUAAACUUCAUCAGCUUGCUUUUCUGACACUUGUUCAAAAAGGAGUUGAUUAUCAAACAAAAGCUGUUGCAUAUGCUCGAGCAAAUUUUGGUCAAUUUAUUGAUAAACAUGAAAAAGAUAUUCAACAAAUGAUGGGUAUGCUUUUAUUUGUACCUCAAGGAAUUAAUCAGUCACCAUAUUCAUUCAUGAUACAAAAUAAUAUGUGGACUGAAGUAAAUGAAUUAUUUACUAGAGAUGCUUGUAUGUUACUUGGCUUAAGUGUUGAAAGUUUACUUAAUGUCAGCAUAAAUGCUGGAUGUAUGGCAUUGCCUGCUCUUCUGAACAUAAAACAAGUAAUGCAACAACGACAAGUAACAGGUAUUUGGAGUGGAAAAGAUGAGUUACCAAUUGAAAUUGAUUUAGACUCUGAGCAUAGAUAUCACUCAAUGUUUGCAUGUCCUAUUCUUAGGCAACAAAGUUCUGAUAAUAAUCCACCAAUGAGACUUAUUUGUGGUCAUGUCAUAUCAAAAGAUGCAUUGCAUAAAUUAGGAAAUUCUACAAAAUUAAAAUGUCCUUAUUGUCCUAUGGAACAAAAUCCAUCUGAAGCCAAAUUAAUAUGUUUUUAAAAUAAAUGUUAUUUAAGCAUUGUUGCUCAAAUGAAAAAUGAUACUUUAUGAUUUAUAGUACAAGAGAAUGUGAUCAUUAUAAAAUUAUUAACAUUGUUUCUGACUAUUAGUAUUUUAAUAUAAAGUUCACCCAUGUGGUUUAAAAAAUAAGGUCAUAUUUGUAAUUAAAAUGAAUUAAUAUUAUAUAUAAGCAAAAAAUCAAUGAAAACG